AUGGCUCAUUCCUGUUUUUUGGAGCCUUUCUUCUGUGCAGGAAUGUUCUCAGUGGAUGUGGUUCGUAGAGGGCUCUAUGCAUCUCUUACAGUAGUGGGAGUUCCUGGUAAUAUUCUUGUAAUCGUGGCGUUCCUUCUCCUGUCCUACGAAGAGAACCGUCUCCUCGCAGCUGACGCCAUCGUCCUGCACCUGACCUGUGCCAAUCUGCUUGUGGUGGUUGUACGCUGCCUGACGGAGACCCUGGCCUCCUUCCAUGUGGGCAACAUCUUUGGAGAUGCUGGUUGUAAAGGGGUAAUCUUCAUCUACAGAACCUCUCGUGCCCUCUCAAUCUGGCUCACCUUCCUCCUGAGCACUUACCAGUGUCUGAGCAUCUCCCCUCCUGGAUCCUUCUGGGCUUCUAUGCGCAUACUGUUAGCCCAAAAUUUGGUCUUUGUUUUCCUCUUCCUCUGGGUACUCAACACCACUAUGAGCUCAGGAGCCUUGUUGUUCUCUUUAAGCUCCAAGAAUGACUCAAGCCCAACAAACAACGCAGUCAAUAUAGAAUUCUGCUUUGUGAGUUUCCCUUCAGAGUUAUCCAAAGAGAUCUACGGGGGAGCACAAGUGGGCAGAGAUGUGGUGCCAAUGGCCCUCAUGACUCUGGCCAGUGUUAUUAUUCUAGUCCUCCUUUACCAGCACAACCAACACAUGAACAGUCUUCACAGGAACAGUCAUACAAGUGGAGGAAGAGGUGGAGCAAAGAGACGAGCUGCAAAGGUUGUGGUUGUGCUUGUGACUUUGUAUUUGGCCUUGUAUGGUGUAGACUGUGGCCUUUGGGUGUACACCCUAACUGUGAAAAAGACAAUGAGUACUUCGCUGAUCUCAGAUCUGCGUGUAUUUUUUGCCUCCAUGUAUGCAGCCCUCAGCCCCAUGGUAAUCAUUGUAUCUAACAGGAAGGUGAAUAGUAGGCUGAUGUGUGCUUCCCAGAAGCUCGCCUUGGAGAGAACCAAUCAUGCUCCAUCUUUUUGAGAUAUGCUUCUGAAGUCAUUUGAAUGGCUGAAGGGGAACCUGAGUGUGACCUAUACCCCAAUUAUUUCUUGUCGUGCAUUUUUUUAAACUUUGGUGUAAUUUUUGACUAACCUACUUUGUCUAUGUGGUGGUACCAGUGUAGUUUUUACAUUCAUGUAAGCCCCACUACAAAUAAUCUCAUGUUCUUUUUCAGUUUAGUCAUUAUAUUCUAUCAAUUUUAUUGCUGUGAAAAUGUUAGUAUAUUAAUUAGAUCAGUUUAGCUGUCAUCAUUUUCUGUCUGCCUAUUUAGCCUUCAUUAGGGCUUUGUGAGGAAUCUGGAAAGUGUCCCAUGUUAACAACAGCAGCUAAUUGUUCUCCAGAGAAUUGGUCAAAUGUCUAAUGGGAAAACUGAAGAACUGUUUUGUAAAGUGUCGUGGGAUGAAAAAAAAUGUUUAUUAAUAUAAAAACAAAAGACAUAAUUCAAUGCUGACAAAGUCAGACCUUUAUAAAAUAAGACGCAAAGGUAGAUUUUGGCACUAUACCUCUCAGUCUGCUGAUGGAUGUGGCAAACUGGUCAUUUAGGAGUCAUUAUGUAAUUUUCCUGACUUGACAAAUCAAGGGCAGGGAGAAAGGGUGAGGACAUAACCCUUUGCGAAUGACAGCCCAAAAAACAUAAAGUGGGGCUGCCAGCACUCUGCAAUCCUGUCAUGACUCUUAAGUGCAAUCACUGUGGGGCUGUUGAGUUGCUGUCGCACUGCAGGUGAGAACAAGAACACUUCUCUCUGUGCUUGUGCAAACUGUUGCGUGAAUCAUAUAGUCAAUACCGGAAACAUAAAAGGUCACAAGUGUCACUACAAAGUAAUAUUCAUUUUUCACACAGCUGGAACCAAGAAAAUCUUUCAAAAAAGCUUUUCCCAGAUGACAUAUUCCAUGUUUCUUACUCUUCAAUCCACUGAAAUCUGAGUGGCACUCUAUACAGACUCCGGUGGAAUGAAGGAUAGAAGACAUGGAUGUUUUUGUGUGUCGUCGCGUCUGGUAAGGAAUCGUUGAAUGCAGGCUCCGGUGUGUUCUUUGACGGCUUCCGGAGAAGCCGUUCCUUUGCUGUCAAGAAAGAAGAUUUGGCAGAUUUGUUAAGAGGAAUAAACCGACAAAAGACAGGUUUCACUGGAGUGCAAGCUCAAGUGCCUCAGCGAGUGUUUGAAGGGCGUGCCAGGCAGGCCUCUACCUGCACAUGGCAGGACCUGUUUCUCUCUGCUUUGCAUCCUUCUCGAGUCUUUUGAGCCCAAAGAAGCCAUGCUGCUGUGAAAUGCAUGUGCCGCAAAAUUCUAAACACCCUCAUUCUUACUCCUUUAAGAAUGCUCAGUGGAUUUAAGAUUUAAAAGUUGUAGCUUUACACUCAAAUAACUGAGAAAUGUACAAGAGCAAGACAUAAACAGCUUAGUUUAAUCAAAACAACUAAUCAAUAAAAAAGUCCACUUUUCCUCUUAGUUAAAAAGCAAAAGUGUAAAAUACAAACCCAUAAAAAAAACAGAGUAAAUCUUUGAAGGUGUCUAAAAAAACACAGCUAAAUCCCACCAGGCGAUCCUGUUAAGACCUCUGUCGCGUCUGAUGUCAGUCUAUUUACCUGCACCAGGUACAGGCAUUUUUGUCCCCCUUGUCCACCAAUUACAAAGCAGCAGGAAGGAUAAACCUCGCCCUUUUCUGCCUUGAAGCAAAUACACACCCUGCUGCAACUGAAUGUUCAACCAAAACCAUCUCCUCCCCCGCAAAAAACCUGCAUGUAUUACACAAACACCAGUUAGAACUACAGCGACCAGCAGAAACUUGCAGAAACAGUAUCAGCAACUGUGACUUCACUAAACUCUAGAAAUUCACAUUAUAAUGUCAGAUAUUAAAAUUAUAAUGUUGUCUAAUUUUCAAAAUGGCAUAACCAUGAAGUUUAUUUUGAAAAUAACAGAUUUCUCAUUUUUUAUACAAAGGAGACGACUUCAGUGGUAUUAAAAAGAAAAAGAAUAAAAAAACAUCCCUCAGACUGUAUGAGCACAAGAAACCGAUUAUCAUAACCAUUGCUGGUGUGAGCUUGCUUGUCUUUCUGUUGGGUUUCUCUUCAAACCUUAUGUGUUUAAGACUUAUUUCUUGUUUGAAAGAAAAUAAAUCAAAAAUACUUUCAAUUGAAAAGAAGAACUAAAGUGGUGGCAAAAAAAUUGCCUUAAAA